AUGUAUUUAAAACUUAAAUUUCCAAUAUUAUUAAUUUUAUUAAUUUCAUUUUUUAAUUUUAAUGAAUCAACUUUAAUAAUUGAAAAAAAAAAUUAUAGAAUUAAUGAUAAUAAUAUUAAUUAUAGUAUUAAAAAUGAUGAUAUUAAUUUUGAUUUUAAUCAAUUUACGACAAGUGGAAAAGUAAUUGCCAAUAUUAAUGAAAAUGGCAAUAGUAUUUCCAAAGAAUAUCAAUGUGUUCAGAAUUCAAAAAUAAAAGACAAUGUUUCAUUUCAAUGCCAAAUUACAACUAUAGAAUUGGUAAAUAUUAAUUCAACAUUUAUUCUUUCAACUACUUCUACAAAUGGUAAUAAUGAAAUUAAGAUAUACAAUUUUCAAAUAAAUUUAUUUUAUUUUGAAGCACAAAUUAUUCAAAAUGGUUAUGAUUUUAUAAUUAAUGGAAAAGCAUUUUUAACAAUGGACGCACAACUAUUAAAUUUUAAUAAUAAUUUAAAUGGAAAACCAUUUACUAUUGUUAAUAUUAGUGAUAGUGAAAUUGUGAUGAAUAGCGUAGCAGAGACUGAUAUUGCAAGUAGACAAUUAGCCUAUGAUAUAAUUUAUAAUAAUGAAAAUGUAUUUUCAAGUAGUAUUGCAAUUGAACCAUCAAUUAUUAGUACAGUACCUGAUUAUUUAGUAAAUGAUGAUGAUGAUUUAAUAAUCAAUACAAUUGGGUUAUCAAUAAGUGAUAAACUUGAUAUUGAAGUAUUAAUAUUUAGACCUGACAGUCAAUGGGCACCAUUACCAUUUUCAAUGGCAGUUAAUAACCAAAUUCAAAUUUCAAGUACAUCUAUUUCAAGUUAUUACGGUGAAAGAUUGCUAAGAGUUCAUUUAAAUGCUUCAAAUAUUUCUUCAAAUAAUUAUGGUGUUGUUGGUUUUGCAAAACCAAUAUUAACAAAAAUCGCACAAAAUUUUACAUCAUUGGAAGUAAUUGUUGAUUGUAAUUAUUUAAAUAACACAAAUUAUCCAACUUAUUUAAGAGGUAUAUCAAUAACACCAGUUGCUCCAAAUACAUUUUUACCAACAAGAUUGCAUUUCCCGGAACCACAAAUGGUUAGAGGAUAUGGUUAUUUACAAUGUAGUAAUUCAAAAUCUAGUGAAUUUAAAGGUUUCUUUCAACCUAUGCCAAAUCUUGUAAGUUGGAAUUCAAUAGAAAGAAAAGGUGGUAUUUUUAAAUUCUCUGGACAGUAUUUAUUACCUUUGGAUGACAAAAAUCAAACAACAUAUUCAUUGGAUUUAGUAAUUAUUAAUGAAUUUUCAAUUCCAUGUGAAAAUAUAACAAUUAUAAAGUAUUGGGGAAGCCAACAAUAUAAUGCAUCAUGUAUAGUCUCAAAAUAUGUAGAACCAAUUGUAAAAACAAUUUAUAUAACAGGUUAUAUAAGUGAUACACCUAGUCAUGUUUUAAAAAGUCCAUUUACUUAUUUACCACCAAGUAUUUUAAAUUCAACAUCAACAUUUUAUGGAACACCAUCUGAGGUUACAAUUUAUGGUUCAUCAUUUUGUAUGUAUCCAAAUGUAACAAUUGGUGGUUCAAUUUGUAAAUUGCGAUUAUCAGAUUAUGAAAAUGAUAGAAUCUAUUGUUGGUUUGAAUCUGAUGUUCAAGGUUUAACAACAACACAUACUAUUAAUGUUACAUGUGAUGAUAAUCAAGUUUAUGGUUCUGGUGAUGUAUUUCUUUAUGCAACUGAUGAAUGUUUAAUUAGUAUGAAUAAAACUGGUUUAAUUUGUUCAGGUAAUGGUAUAUGUGAUGAUUCAAUUAGAAAAUGUAUUUGUAAUGAUAAUUACUUUGGUUUAGAUUGUUCAAUUGAAAAUAAUGGAACCAUUAUUCCACCAAUAAUCGAUAACACAACAUCAAUUAUUGAUUUUAAUAAUACAAAAUUUGAAAUUGGUUUAGUACAAAUUAGAGAAAUUGAAUUCAUUGAUGAAAAAGUAAUUAAAACUUUUAAUUUAACCAAUGGUAAUGGUAAUGGUAAUGGUAGUGGUAAUGGUGGUGUAAUUUGGAAUUUAGAAGAUGUAAAUCAAAUGAAAACCAAUUACAUUUUUAAUACAACAUUAAUUAAUAAAUCAAUUAUUAAAGUUUAUUUAACAAUUAAUUCAGAUACGAAAUUAUCAAAACAAUAUAAUUUCUAUGGUGAUUUAAUUACAAUUUUACCAAAUUCAGUUAAAUAUAAAAUUGAAAUAACAAAUUGGGAAUUUGAUUCAAGUUUAAAUUCAAUUGAAUUAAUAUUCCAAUCAAAGAUUUCAGUUGACCAAUGUAAUGAUAGUGUUAGUUUAAUUGGUAAUAAAACAAUUCAAAUGUAUGGUGAUUCAAUUAGAUCAAUGGAAUUAACAUUAACAAAUGGUCAAAUUUUAAUUGGUACUUUUUCAAAUCGUAUGAAAUUAGAUGACAGAGUUGUCAAAAGUUCAAUUAAAAUUUUAGAUGAACAACAAUCAAUUGGAAUUCCAACAAUAAUAACUAAUACUAAUUCUACACCAACAACAACAAAUAAUAAUAAUAAUAAUAUAAAAACAAGUACUCAAAAUGUUUUUACAGUAGUUUCAAUUAAUUAUUUUAAAGAUAUUGCAAUUGUUGAUCCAAAUUUUGGAGUUUUAAUAGAUAAUGAUUUAAGUGGAGGAGGUGAUGAUAUUCUUGAUGAAUGUGGAAGGGUAAUUGGUAAAACUAAGGAAAAAUUUGCAAAUUGGAAAAUUGCAUUAAUUGUUGUAUUUUCAUUCGUUGGUAUUUCAUUAAUUGUUGUUGCUGUUAUUGUUUAUAAAACAAGAGGAAGACAUUCAAUAGUAGUAAAUGGAGUAAAAUUAAAAAUGAAUAAGAAAACAAAUAAAUAA